AUGACUCUCUCAAUCGUUGGCCACUCCAUUCUGGAACCCAUCAUUGUUGAUAUGUUUUUGCCUUGUUCAGUGUUUCUCUCUCCUACAUUCAGUGACAGUAAUUCUUCUCUGUUCGGUUAUGUCUUCGCACACUUUGAACAAAGUGACGGCUUUCUUGUCUCUGAGACUUCCUCUUCGUCAAAACCACCAAGCACUCUGAGAAUAGGCUCGUCUCUCUCUGUGGAGACACCAAAUGAUGUUUUGAUUUCAUCGAACGGUGUUUUCACAGCGGGGUUUCACCCAAUUGGCGAGAAUGCCUUUGUCUUCGCCGUAUGGUUCACCAAAUCAUAUGGUCCUACCGUUGUUUGGAUGGCAAACCGUGAUCAACCGGUGAAUGGACAAGGCUCAAAGCUUUCACUUUUGAAAGACGGCAAUCUUAUCUUAUCCGACGCAGGUCGAACCACAAUUUGGACAACAAGCACCAAUUCAGCUCAGCAACUACAUCUUCAUGACAUAGGUAACCUUGUUCUUAGUGCUUACCAGGAUGAUACAGUUCUUUGGCAAAGCUUUGAUUCUCCGACAAAUACCCUUCUUCCUCAGCAGCAGCUCACUAGAUACACAACCCUUAUCUCAUCAAGAAGCCAUACCAACCAUUCAUCUGGUUUCUAUAAACUCUUCUUUGACAACGAUAACAUGCUUUGUCUUCUCUAUGACGGUCCUGAGGUUUCCAGCAUUUACUGGCCGGACCCGUGGCUCUUAAGUUGGGAAACUGGCAGGACUACUUAUAAUAGCAGUAAAAUUGCGGUACUUGAUUCUUCAGGAUACUUUAGAUCCUCUGAUAGCUUAGAGUUCUCUUCUGCUGAUUUCGGUUUGGGUUAUCAGAGAAGAUUAACACUUGAUUUUGAUGGUAACCUUCGGUUAUAUAGCCUAAACGACAUGACAGGAAAUUGGACUGUCACAUGGCAAGCCAUGUCUGAUCCAUGCCGGGUUCAUGGAGUAUGUGGACCAAACGGUAUAUGCAGCUAUGGUUCCGGAGCCGGUAGGGGAUGCUCUUGUGUGCCUGGAUAUAAGGUCAAGAAUCCCAGGGACUGGUUUGAUGGAUGUGAAUUGGAAUUCGAUUUUUCGGGUGAAGACCAUUCGACCACUUUUGAUUCAGUGAGUGAAGUAGAAUUAUUUGGCUACGAGUACAAUGUCUUCAGAAAUUCCUCCUUAGAGAAUUGUAAAGCAUUAUGUCUGCAAUCCUCCACUUGCAAGGGGUUCCUGAUAAAAUUUGAAGAUGGUACUUAUAACUGCUAUGCUAAAACGUUCUUGCUUAAUGGAAAACAUUCCCCAAAUUUAUUAGGGACCCUGUAUGUCAAACUAAAUGUCUCCAGGAAUCAAUUUUUCUUCUCAAGUGAGGCUGUUAAAGAAAUCAGCCUGAAUUGCUCAGGCCAAUGGACUGUACAGUUGGAUAGAACCUAUCAAAGAAACAAUGAAAACAAGUUUCUGAACUACAUGGUUUGGUUCGCCUGUGCAGUAGCAGUCGUAGAAACUCUCUGUAUAGCCUUGGUGUGGUGUUUACUGUAUAGGACGCAGAAAGAUUCUGGUGCAGCCACACAAGGGUAUGUUCUAGCUACAAACACAUACAUAAAAUUCACAUAUGCGGAGCUUAAAAAGGCAACACAAGGUUUCAGUGAAGAGAUUGGAAGAGGAGGUGCUGGUGUUGUGUAUAAAGGGGUAUUGUCUGAUAAUCGAAUUGCAGCAAUCAAGCGGCUCAGUGAAGCUAACAAAGGCGAAGCUGAAUUUCUAGCAGAGGUAAGCAGCAUUGGAGGGCUUCACCACAUGAAUCUAAUAGAGAUGUGGGGAUAUUGUGCAGAGGGAAAGCACAGGCUUUUGGUGUAUGAGUAUAUGGAGAAUGGUUCCUUAGCAGAAAACCUGAACUCAACACUUAGUUGGGAGAGAAGAUUCAAAAUUGCUAUGGGUACUGCAAAAGGCCUUGCCUAUUUACAUGAAGAGUGCUUGGAGUGGGUUCUACAUUGUGAUGUAAAACCUCAGAACAUACUCUUGGAUUCUCUUUACCACCCAAAGGUGGCAGAUUUUGGCCUGUCCAAAGUACUGAACAGAGGCGGUGGUUACAAUGCAAGCUUCUCGAAAAUGAGGGGAACCCGAGGUUACAUGGCUCCUGAGUGGGUUUUCAAUCUCCCUAUCACCUCUAAAGUUGAUGUUUAUAGCUAUGGCAUUGUCGUGUUGGAGAUGAUAUCUGGAAGGAGUCCAACUGGUGUGCAUGCUGCUGAUGAUGAGGGACAGAAUGAGCCUGGAAGGGUGGUAACUUGGGUGAGGAACAUGAUGCAUGGAGCUGCUGCAAUGAACUCGUGGAUUCAAAAUGUAGUAGACCCUAGGAUGGGUGGUGAGUAUGACAUUGGCAAGAUGGAAACUCUGCUUAGAGUGGCUUUGCAAUGUGUGGAGGAAGACGGAGAUGCAAGGCCAACCAUGAAGCAGGUGGUGGAGAUGCUUCUAUGUCAUGAGAAUCUCUAAUCAUCUGCUAAGAGACUUGUUUCAACCAGAAUCACACUUGCUUGGUCAGCUCCUCGUAAGUCCACUGAUCCUAACGGUAGACAAAAUAUUUCUGGCCACAUAAUGUCAGUGGAAAAAUUGCUAUGAAUAAAAAAAAGAAGUAAAAAUAGGGCUAAUUUUAAUGUUCUAAACUCUUUCUGUGCAACCUCCCUCCCUGUUUUUCCCCCUUUCUGAGGUUACUUGGUUUGCCAGUUACUCAAUGAAUCAAAGUGAUAUAUAGCGCUUAGUGAGGGCGAAACUUGAUCCCUUGUCUCUUCUGCUAACACCCAACAAAAGGAAACACUCAGCUAAUUUUAACUAUGAAAUUGGUUUACAGAAGGAAAAAACGUUUCGUUUUAUUGCACAUGUAACAGAGGAAGAUAAUUAUUUG